CGUGCAGGAGGGAGGGAGCCUGGACCACAAACGUGACUUUUCCCUCCGAGCAGACAGCGUUUCGGGUGAAUGACACGGUGCUGGUGACGUGCGCCAAGGAGCCUGAAUCCGGCACGUUCCCUGCAAACUGCACAGAGCUGACGGACCGUGAGGCAGUCUGGGAUAUCAGUGGAGUCAAGUGUCUCAGGAUGUGCAAUGACUGGGUGAGGCAGGUGGAUUUUGACCCUGCACAGACGGAGUUAGGCGUCGGGGCCGAGGGUCGGGUGACCUGUCAUCAGCAGUUCCAGCAGAACUCGUUCAGCGUGACGUGCAAAGAGAUGAAGUCGGGACGCUUCGAGUGGGAUUUGGGUGCACACAAGUGUGUCAGAAAAUGUGAAAUACCCAGAACCUGGGACUCCAGAUUGCAGUUUGCCCCCAAGGGGCAGUUCUACACCCCGGGUGACUUGGUGACGCUGAGCUGCCCUGCGGGGUAUCAGCCGUCAUCGCCUGUGAUUGUAUGUGCCAGAAAUGGGAGCCAGGCUGUCUGGAGUGAGACACCAACCUGCCAGCAGGGAGAGGCCCAGACUCCCCAGCCUGGGGGCCUGGCGCUAGCCGUGGCGGUGCCGCUGCUGGUGCUGCUGGCUGCAGGGGUCCUGCUGCUGUGGUUCAUGCUCACCAGGAAGCGCCAGGCUUCGGCGAGCCGCCCUGCCAAGGAUGCCGGGGAGGCGUUGUACACAGCGGAUGGUGGGAGCCUGUCCUUUGCCAGGAUCCAGCCGGAGGUGCUGGAGAACAGAGACCUGGUGACCUGUUUGCCUGGGAAAGAUACAAAGGCCGGAGGGGGCGGCUGGGCCUGA